AUGAGUUGUUCUAAUGAUAAAUAUUUAAGAAAUGAUAAAACAUGUCAAUCAAAUGAAGAAUUAAAUGGAACAUGUUUACGAAUAUUAGCAGAUGGAAGUGGAUGUGGAAUAUGUCAUAAAGGAUAUUAUAGAAAUGGGAAAGGAUGUUCAAAAUGUGGAAAAGAAUGUUUAACAUGUAAUCAAAAAGAUAAAUGUAUAAAAUGUGGAGAAGGAUAUUUUAUGAGUUCAACAGGAAUAUGUAAAUCAACAACAACAAUUAAAGGAUGUAAAGGAGAAAUAGAUAAAGAAUAUGGAUGUAGAGAAUGUUUAACAGGAUAUUAUUUAAUAAAUAAAGAAUGUUCAAAAUGUGGAAAUAAAUGUAUAACAUGUUUAAAUGAGAAAGAAUGUAAUAAAUGUGAAGAAGAAUAUAUAAUAAUAAAUAAAGAAUGUAUUCAUUAUUCAAAUAUUAAUAAAUGUAAAGAAACAAAAAAUAAUAAAUGUUCAAAAUGUUCAUUUUGGUAUGGAAUCAAUGAAGAAGGAACAAAAUGUAAUAAAGAAAUAGUAUGGUGGAUGAUAAUGAUUAUUAUCAUCAUUAUACUUAUUAUCAUCAUUAUAAUAAUUAUAAUUAUAAUAAUAAUGAUUAAUUACAUUAUAAAACGCAAAGAAAAGAAAGAACAAGAGAAAACAACAACAAUAUUUAAAAUUUCACAAUCAAAUAUCAAAUUCAUAACACUUGGAGAUGGAAUAAUAACAAAUAAAAAAGAAAUAGAAAUAGGAGAAGGAGAAGAAAUUGAAGUAAAUAAAGAAAUCAGAGAAUUAAUAUGUAUUGGAAAUGAAAAGAAAGAAAAAAAGAAAAUACAAAUAAGUAGUAAAGAAGAAAAUGAAAAAUACUCAAUUAGAACAAACCCAAAUAUCAUUACAAUUGAAGGAGGAUAUGCAUGUGAAUUUGAAAUAUUCAUUACAAUCAAAUGUACUACUAAAAUUAAAGAACAAAUAAUGAUAAUUAGUAAAACACUUAAUAAAACACAAGAAGAAAUAAUUAAAAGUAUUUCAAUUAAAGGAGAAACACAAAUAUCAACACGACUUGAUCCAGAUGAAAUAAAAGAAGAACAUAAAAUAGGAGAAGGAUCAUUUGGAAUCGUAUAUAUAGGAGAAUUUAGAGGAAGUCAAGUAGCAAUUAAGAAAAUGAAACAAAUUGAUAAAGAUGAAAAUAAAAUGAAAGAAUUUGAGAAAGAAGUAAUGAUGUUAGAUAAAUUUCGAAGUGAAUAUAUCAUUCAUUUUUAUGGAGCAGUAUUUAUUCCUAAUAAAAUAUGUAUGGUAACAGAAUAUGCAAAAUAUGGAUCAAUACAAGAUUUAAUUAAUAAAAGAACAAACACGGAAAUACCAAAUAAAAUAAGAAUUAAAUUCAUGAUAGAUGGAGCAAAAGGAAUUUCAUAUCUUCAUUCAAAUGGAAUAAUACAUCGAGAUAUUAAACCAGAUAAUUUUCUUGUUGUAACACUUGAUGAUAAUAUUGGAGUUAAUUGUAAAUUAACAGAUUUUGGAAGUUCAAGAAACAUUAAUAUGAUGAUGACAAAUAUGACAUUCACAAAAGGGAUAGGAUCACCUAUUUACAUGGCACCAGAAGUAUUGAAACGAGAACAUUAUAAAAUGGAAUCAGAUAUAUAUUCAUAUUCAAUAACAAUGUUACAAAUCAUUACAUGGCAAGAUCCAUUUCCUAAAACAUUAUAUCCACAUCCAUGGGAUAUAGCAAAUACAAUAUCAACAGGUAAACGACCAAAAAUAAUACAAGAAGUUAAAGAAGAUAUUAAAGAAAUUAUUGAAAAAACAUGGAAACAAGAACCGAAAGAAAGAAUAAGAAUAGAAGAAGUAGUAAGAAUGUUAGAAAGUAUUGAAAAUAAAGAAUGA